UUUGGUGUGGCGAAGCAGCAGCGAACAGCAACCACGACGAAAAGCUUGAGCUAGCGGUGGUGCGUGUUUUACACAUCAGAGGAAAAAAUACUGUGCAUAAAAAGUAGUUAUCAAAGAUGUCGUCUCCUGCAAAUUUCCAACCCCAACCAUCGACGAAUAAAACGCUCUCCAAGCAGCUGAAAUCCAAAGCCAGCGAGUUCCUGGCUUCCCCGGAGAGCGCUUCCAACAAUCUGCUGGAAAUCAUCACUUUUUUAAAGGAGGGUAAUGCACGGAAAAGUGCCGUCAUACCCAGUUUGCUGUUGCUGGAGACCAUUUUCUGCGAGCUGCUGAGACGCAAUGAAAUGCAAAUCGUUGUUCAACCAUUGAAACCAGUUGAAGAGUCGUCCGGAUCGUCCCACAAACAAUGGAUGCAAGCUCAGUACAAAGAAACGUUCAGUGCCAUAUUGGAGUCGUUUGCCCACGAAAAAUCCGCCGAGAGUACCCAAGCGCUGGCCACGGCCAUGAAGCUUAUCGUUACCGAAACGGAGAAUCCACUGGAAGCCGGUUCCGGGUCGGUGCACUUUCCGUUGACCAAGCUGAGACAGGUUCUGCAAGCGAUGUUGUCAUCGGAACGGCUCAAUACACACCUGGUCAACCGCUUCCUGGAAUAUUCGGCCCAUCUGGAUGUGAUCUAUUUCUGCUGGAAGAUUCUGCCCUCGAUAGCGCCAAAGGAAUUCUGCCCCAGCGCGGUUUUCAUUCAGAAUUUUCUCAGCUUGGUAGGAGCUAUUUGUUUCGGAAAAGAAGCCGUCGAGGAAUCACCAAGCUUCCUCUGCAUACAGAUGCAGUUGGAUUAUCCGUACAUUCGUAAGCACAUCAACAAAACGUGGUCUUGCGUGAUGAACUGGAAGCACGACGAAACGAGCCACAGGCAGUUGUUGAUUCUUCUGCUGGAGAAAGUCCUCUCGCAUUUGGACAAGCCGGUUUUGCUGACAGAUUUUCUAAUGGAUUCCCUAGACGUCGGCGGUGCCAUAAGUCUUCUUGCCCUGCAGGGCAUCUUCGUGCUGAUUCAGCAGUAUAAUCUCACCUAUCCGAACAUCUACGAGAAGCUGUACUCGAUGUUCGAGCCGGAAAUCUUCCAUACCAAGUUCAAAGCUCGACUGUUCUAUCUGGCGGAUAUCUUCCUCAGCUCUAGUCACCUUCCGGAGGGUCUGGUGGCGGCUUUCGUGAAACGGCUCGCUCGUCUAGCCCUGAUUGCUCCGCCGCAGGAUAUUGUCAUCAUACUGCGUUUCAUCGGCAAUCUGUUCCUUCGGCAUCCAGCCCUGAAGAGGCUGAUUUUCCAUCCCACGGGAGGUGAAAUCUCCCAAGAUCCCUACGUCAUGGACGAACGGGAUCCGAUCAAAUCCAAUGCCCUGGAUAGUUCCCUGUGGGAAGUGGCGGCCCUGCAGUCCCAUGUGUUGCCUUCGGUGGCGACAGCUGCCAAAUUCAUCUCCAAUCCGUUCCCUUCCACCGAGUGGGACCUGGCGUCCGUGUUGGAAAUUAAUGAAAAUGAUAUCUUCGACAAAGAGAUAGCCAAAAAGUCCAAAGAAUAUGCCUUAAACCUAGACAGACCAACUUCGAUGUUCCUUUACUGCGGCGGCGAGCAGAAGACGUCGCAAUGCUGGAAGCUGUAUUGAGACAACCUCAACGGAGGUUGCAAUUUUAUGACUACCGAAGGAAGCAGCAGCAAAGUAGCAGGUAAGAUUUCCAUCCGUAAUGCGAUGGAAGAAUCGACAAGAGAAUUGGUUACAGAGAAGCCUUUUUGUACCGCACUAUCGGGAAACUUUUUGUUAUAAAAUUGAAUUUCAGUUAGAUUUUACCUCCUACGAAUAAUAAAUAUCACGCCAACACAUAAAACAUUGUACUACACAGCUCGGUAUUCACCUUACGGGAUGUAAAACGAGAAUAUUAUCUAACUUAGCAUACUCAUACUAUUAUAAUAGACAAAGAGAAAACCCAUCAAAUGCAAGAUAGUGUAGUGUAAUAGCCACCAUUCGCAAUAGACUUAAUGGUAUAGAAAUCAAGCAAACAACCGAUACAGGAUUAUUAUUAUUCGAAUAGUAGAUAUCAGAUUUAUGAAAUUGUAAAACCUCUUGCUCUUAGUAAUAAUGCAGAUCAGCCAGAAGAAAGAAAAACAAACCGACAGAACACACACACAAAAUAAACGUUCCUAUUAAAUACACCGAAAGAGUGUUAGAAAGACAGAACAAGCCACUACCAUCCAUAUAUGUUUCAUCAUUAUGCACCCUCGAAAAUACAAAUGCUUACCACUUACACAGCCUACCCUUAAAUGUACGAUAAAUCUGAUAGGUUCAUGUUGUUUGUUUUAUUAAAUGUUAUUUAUUGUUUAAUCGUAACCAAACAGACACACCACAACACAACAACACUCAAGUCACACAAAUCUGAACAGGACAAUGUGAAUGGAACUGAGAAGCAUCUUGGAUUUUCGUUGUUUCAAAAAUAUCGAACAAGUGAAGAAGGCAACACGCUAAAAUGGAAAAUGUGAUCCAAAUUGUUUAUCCCUGGCUCUCCAGAAAUGGGAUUCUUUGGGACAAAAAAAUAACAAAGAAACUGAUGGAAGUGAGUAAGGAAACAACCCGUAGGUAUUAGAUAAGUAGGAUAUUUUUAAUGAAAACUCGGAACAGUGUAGGGAGAAAAACUUCCUCGAUCAGCCGGCGCCAUGAUGGAUACCCAUGUACGUAUAGCUACUACACACAUACAUAAACACACACACCCACACACAGACACUGCAGCUAUUCGCAUAACAGCUGUCCCAUGUCCGUAGGAAAUUCCAUAGAACAUGCGACAGUUUUGCGUAUAGCGGCAGCACACAACUUGCAACAUAUACCUAUGUUAUAGAUAUGCAAAAACUUUCACAACAACAACAAAAAGCGGUGAUGAUAGGAUAUUUGAAUUAAAUAGAUACGGUAAAGCGAUGAGUGAAGGAGAAAGAAAGAGUAAUACAAUAUAACGCAAAGUUCGGUUACUCUUCCCAAAA